AAAUUCAUUAAAAUCUCUAGCUUCAAUUACGCGAGAAUAUUGAUCAGAAGCUGAAACUUGAGAACGACGGUCGGAAAACUCUACGGCUACUUCUAAUCUAAUCUGCCUCCGCCCGCGACAUCCCGAGCAACACCGCCGUAUUCGCCGUCGCCGGUAGAGCGACCCUUGCCUCAAAUGCCGAAAGUAAAGACAUCCCGAGUUAAAUACCCUGAAGGCUGGGAGUUAAUCGAGCCAACACUACGGGAACUUCAAGGAAAGAUGAGAGAAGCUGAGAAUGAUCCCCAUGAUGGAAAAAGAAAAUGUGAGACUUUAUGGCCUAUAUUUAAAAUUGCACACCAGAAGAGUCGCUAUGUGUUUGACCUCUACCACCGGAGGAGGGAAAUUUCUAAAGAAUUGUAUGAAUUCUGUUUAGAUCAAGGAUACGCUGACCGCAAUCUAAUUGCCAAAUGGAAAAAGCCUGGUUACGAACGUCUCUGUUGUUUGAGGUGCAUGCAGCCACGCGAUCACAAUUUUGCCACAACCUGUGUUUGCAGAGUACCAAAGCAACUUAGGGAGGAAAAGGUUAUAGAGUGUGUUCACUGUGGUUGCAAGGGCUGUGCAAGCGGGGACUGAUUGGACAUUAUUUCUAGUAUCAGGAGGGUUUGUUAGAAUCAUUUUGUUGUGCUUCUAGCUUUCUCUGUUGUCGAAAUCCCGAAAUCCUCACCUAGCUCUUGUUGUAUUAAUUAAUGUUUACUAAUUUCUCAAGAGUUAUCAUUGGGAUAUUAGUUAUAAUUAUUAAUCAUCAGCAUCAUUUGCAUGGCUCAAAACCUGACUGGUGUUCUGUAUUGCCACAUUAAUAAUCCAGCAUGUAUAAUUUGCAUAGUUUAAAACCUGAUUGGUGUUCUGUAUUUUCACAUUAAUAAUCCAACAUGUGUAAUUUUGAUUGA